AUGCAGAGAACUGGCCGAAAACAAAGAGGCACCGCCAGAGGGGUGCAGAAAGCUUCUGCAGGAGAUCCUACCAUUGUCAUAGGCAUAGACUUUGGGACCACUUUCUCCGGUGUCGCGUGGGCUCGAUCGAGCCGACCAGAACAAGUCAAUAUAAUAACUAGCUGGAAAUCUCGCUUCAAUUUUAACAGCGACAAGGAAAAAGUACCAACCAUAAUCUCUCACGAGGAGAAAGAUGGCGCACCUCUUUGGGGCUAUGUCGCUCCACAGGGAUCGGCCUCCAUCCAAUGGUUUAAGCUCUGUCUUCUGGAUAAAGAAGACAUACCGCAGUAUCAAAGAGGUUCAGAACAUCUUAAAGCCGCAAUGGCUUCACUAGAAAAGUCCAACGCCCAUGUUGUGGAUGUUAUCAGCGACUACCUACGAGAGUUAUGGCAGUAUACCAUGAACUGCAUUGAGCGAGCUGAGGGAGCAUCAAUAGUCGAUGUUUCCGCGUUCAAAGUGGUUGUCACUCUACCAGCGAUCUGGCCUGCAUAUGCUCAGUUUCGAAUGAAAGAGGCAGUUGAAAGAGCAGGAAUCUUGAACAUUCGUGGCGUUUUUGAUACUGCUCUGGAGUUUAUUUCAGAGCCUGAAGCGGCGGCAUUGGCAGCUUUGCAAGAUCUGUCUGAUAGGGCAGAUAUGGUGCCCGGUGAUCAUUUUGUCGUCUGUGAUGCUGGUGGAGGCACUGUAGAUGUGAUCACAUAUACUAUCGUCAGUAAAGAUCCAAUCAGAGUUAAAGAAAGCGUCAGAGGAGAUGGAAAGCUCUGUGGCGCUACGUUUGUGGACGAGCUUUUCCGAAAUCUCCUUAGGCAAAAGAUCCCUUCAAGUACCUGGGAAAGACUUGGAGAAGACGGAAUAGCUCGUCUUAUGAACAAUGAAUGGGAGAAUGGCAUAAAGCCACAGUUCAACGACGAUGGCCGCAAGUGGUCGAUACAAGCCCCCGUCAGUUCACGGAAGAGAGAUCACGAACAAUACAUUUCUUCAGAUAUCAGUAUUCACAAUUAUGAAAUUGUCAACGUGUUUCACCCCAUAACCAGCCAGAUUGUGGAACUUGUAACAGCUCAAGUUAACGAAGUGAAGAUGCGGUACAAAAAGCAGGCCAAGUUUGUGAUCUUAGUCGGUGGUUUUGGGCGAUGCCACUAUCUAUAUAACUGUCUGAUUGAAGGUCUUAGGGGCAAAGUAGAGGUUUUACAGAGCUCUGGAGCACGGCCCUGGACGGCCGUCUGCCGCGGCGCGGCUAUCAGAGGGCUUGAACAAUCUGAUGGCAAAACCGAGUCCGCGAUUUGCUCGAGGAUUGCCAGAGCCAGUUACGGUACAAUGUGCAACGUGAUACCGUGGUCUGAAAAAGACCAUAGUAUCCAAGAUCGGGAGUGGUGCUCGAUCGCACGAGUGUAUAUGGCCGCUGACCAAGCCUCCUGGUUUCUGCGUAUUGGCGAGACUAUAACCGUGGGUAAAUCCAUCGAACUAGGAUUCAGUCAAGAUUUCGAAUCACCAGCUAGCGAAAUUGUCACAAACCUGAUCUACUCCAACAGCCCGCAACCAUCAGAACGAUGCGAUGAUACCGUCAAAGAGCUCUGCCAGUUACGCUGGUCGAGGAUCCCCAAAUUCGAUGAUCUCCCAACAUGGACGAAUAACAAGGGCCGCAUCAUCAGGAGACUCUCCUAUGUGAUCAAGAUGACUUCCAACGGCGUGUCCUUGGAUUUUGAGAUUUCACACGACGACAGAAUUGUCGCAUCGAAAAAUGUCGCGGCUGAUUAUAGCGAGAGUGGCACUGCAGCACACCGGCAUGCUGGACAUCUUGGCGACGACAAUAGUGGCACCUAUGUGCCUCCUGGAAAGGGGCCAGGAGGCUGGGACGACGAAUUUGAUGAUGAUUAAUUUCCAUAAGUGAGACUUUGUCUACGGUGGCGUUGGGGAACGGAAUAUAUUGGUUGUGAAUUUUAGCGCAAGGAAAACAC